UUUCGAUCCAACAGUGAAUGUUUUAGAAUUUGAACAAACAGAUAAGAGAUUCAGCUACGUGAAAAUAGAUUUAAUUGUCAGCUUGUAAACUCUGUUUAAACAGAAAGGUUCUAUAUUUUUUUGAGUGUGAUCCGUGUAAAUAAGAAAUAAUGUUCCGACGGAUUUAAAGUAUCGAAUAAUCAAACUUAUGUCAAAACUUUUGCUACAAAUUACUUUAAUAGAUGAAGAGUGUGUUUGAACUUCAUGAAAUGUGAUUAUUUACGACACAACAAAUGAAAGCAGUCUGUUUUGUCCGUACCUGCCAGUUUCAAUACGUAACCUGUGAGCUGAUACACGCAAUUGAGUGAGAUCGCGCGAUGAUUCUCACAAGUCACGUGAUCGUCACUCUGUGGCUCGUUCCCAGUCUGGUACGUGGACAAGCCGGGGGCCAGUAUUACAACGACAAGUACGGAACUGAUGAUAUCGACUAUAAAACCGAUGACAACAUGCACGGGCUGUAUGACCAGACAUUCAAUUAUCUACAUGACGUCAACUUUAACGGUGACGUAUCCAUUGGGUGCAGUUACGACAAGAAAGAAGGGGUGGUGGUGUCCUGCUCGUCAAGUUCCGUGACCCUGGCAAAUCUGCCAAUAUCCAGUAUCGCAGCUGGAACGUUCUCGAAUACGACUACCUCAAUACUCAUAUACAACUGCGGUAGCUUUGAACUGUUUGAGGAUGGGACGUUUGAAAACCUUACCAGUUUAAAUACAUUGAUUGUACAAGGAACAAGUCUAAACCACCUACCCGAUCUGUCACAAACAGCAGUUAACACUGUGAAUUUAGCUGGAAACAAGAUCGUGAUCACCACAGAGAACCAUCGGGGCUGGACGUUCCCCACCUCCAUACAGAGGCUAACUCUGGCCCAGAACAGGAUCCACUGGUUACCGAAAAACAUCGUAUCCGGGCCACAACUGACACUGGCGAGUUUUUCUCACAACUGGCUGCCCCAAAUUCACCCAAACAUAUUUGGAGACACUUCCGCUUUGAGAUAUCUCGGGAUGGACGGUAAUAGAAUUACCCGUAUCUCAAAGAACAGCCUCGACCCGCUGGCAACAAAUCAAUUUUUACACCUGAAUUUAAGCAACAACGCGCUUUCGUUCAUUCAGCCAAACACAUUCAGCAACCUUCCAGCUAUUAAAAUCAUAGAGAUGCAUCAGAACUCUAUGGCAACAAUAACAUGGAACGUGUUUUCAGACAUGCCAAACCUUAUUCAUCUGGACCUUCACGCCAACGACUUUGUGUCCCUGGGGAGCAAGUCGUUCGUAAACCUACCUUCCCUGAAGGAGCUCCGCCUCCACUCCCAGAAGACAGGCCUCGCCACUAUCGCCUACGACGCCUUCCAAAACAUCAACGACAAUCUUCAAGAAUUGUUUGUGAGCAGUAACGCUCUGACAACGUACCCCCAUCAGGUGCUUGAAGAGGAUCACUACCCCAACUUGGUAAAAAUGCACGCCGACAACAACCUGAUCAGCAACCUGACGGAGUUUGGCACAGAGGCGUUCCCCACAAACCAGUACUUUCUCCACGCCCAGAGAUUCGCGGCGUUCACACCAUUCUCUGCAACACCAAAUAUCGUAAUCAUGUACCUGCAAAACAACUUGAUCACGACCAUCAACACCACAGAUCUGUGUGAGCUCCAGGCCCUGGAGGAGCUGUAUCUCAGCGAUAACAAGAUCAGGGAGUCCCUCAUGGAUGUCGAUUGCUUCGCCUGUCUUCCUGUACUAAACUCAUUACAAUUACCAGGGAACCUGAUACAGUACGUCCCAGCCGCCCUCCAGUCGUCAGAAGUCGUUCCCGCCUUGAUCACCCUCAACAUAAGAAGGAAUAAGAUCACUUUCCUACAGACCGGCGCUUUCUCCAACGUCUCGACGCUCCUCACCCUAUACAUGGCAAAUAACCUGAUUCUUACAGUAGAAAAUGGGGCUUUCCCGACACAAAUUCGGUUGAUUGAAAUGAGAUCAAAUGAGUUCCGUUUUCUGCACGAGGACCCAUUUCGAUAUCUAGAUGAUCUUGCAACUCUGGAUUUGAGCUCUAACCAGAUUCAGUAUCUUCCCGAUAACGCGUUUGAGGGUUGCACCUCCUUAACAACACUGUUUUUGAACAACAACAACAUAGCUGUGCUAAAGAAGGUACAUUUCGAGAAUUGUCCGCUUACUAAUGACGUCACGUUCGCCUCCAACGACAUCGGCUGGAUCGAGGAGGGGACGUUUGAGAACGUGAGCAGUAUGAACAGUCUAGAUUUGUCCAACAACGUGUUGACUCGAAUCCCUGGCGGAGGUACGUUCUGGGACCUGCAAAUUGGGAAAGAUCUUGACCUGUCCAACAAUCGCAUUAACCUCCUGACGAACCAGACGUUCAAAAGCUUUAGAUGUGUAACAUUAUCUUUGUCCAACAACAAAAUAACGGAGAUUCAUGGAUAUGCGUUUGAUGACGUCUCUGUUAGUAGCCUGACCCUAUCGGGCAAUCCCCUACGCAAGCUCUACUCUUACGCCUUAAACAGCGUCCACGUGACCAAUUCUAUCACGAUGAGUGGGCUGUUCUUCGAUACUAUACCCACUAUGGCGUUUUACGACGUUACUGCAAGUUCUCUUGAUUUGAACUCCGGAGAGGUCGCUACAAUUGAAGAGUCGGCUUUCUAUGACCUGAAUGUUGUUACUCUGCUGCUAAACGGCAACGCCUUGCACACAGUUCCCAACACGAUAUUUGGCGGCGCAUGCGCGGUGACAGACGACCUCCGCUUGGACGGUAACAACAUGUCGCUCAUCGACACGUACGCCCUCAACAACUCCGUCAUCAACGAUCUGUACCUGAACGAUAACAUAUUCAUGGCAGUCCCCAGGGUUAUAACACAGCAAUCGUUUGAUGAACUAUACCUGCAAAACAACCUAAUUGAGGAAAUACCCACAGGGUUCUUCGACUUACAGACGAGUUUGCGAAUCCUCGAUUUAUCUAACAACCUGCUGACAGCACUGGAACCAGGUGUUUUUGACAGUUUAGUGGCAUUGAACACACUGACGAUGUCAAGUAACAAACUGGCCACCCUGCCGUCCACGCUGCUGGACAGUAUGACCGGUCUACAGUAUCUGUACAUGUCCAGCAAUGAGAUGACCCAUAUUUACUCCCUGGGUAACAAACCGCUCCUGGUUGUGGACUUCAGCUCCAACAAUGUUGGGACCAUUGCGGGAUCAGCGUUCAGCAACCUGGGGAGCUUGGGCACUUUGAAUCUCGGUGGAAAUCCUCUUGAGUGUUCAUGUCAGUUAGUGAUGACAUUGGAAGACGUGGCGGGCCCACUGACGUCAGCAACAUGCGACCAGAACGCAAACGCAAAUGGCGUCGUCUUCCCGGAAUCCAUGGAAACUUCCACGAUGUAUUACAAGAACGUCGAGACAUCAUCGUUCACCUGUAGCGGGGACAAUGUAGCAGUCAGUGCAGUAUCCGGAACAGGUUUUACGAUCGAAUGGGAUCAGCCUGGCUUUACCUACUACCAGACAAACGGCUCCCUCACAUCACCUAUGUUAUCGGGAGAAAUAACGUACCACGUGGAAUGUAUCAGUAGCUACGCUUCAACGGUACUGGGAUCUAGAACGGACACUAACGCCACCGACGGACCCACUGCGUUUAGUCUAGGGUUUGACGCCAGUGACGGCGUGGAGGCUGGGACGCCGUACGAAUGUUCCAUCAAGAUGGAACUCAAUAACAGUGACGUAAGCGCCAAAAGUGAGCCUGCCGUUUUCGUCACUCCAGACUCAGUGACGCCUGACGUUGCCGGUCCAAACGACGUCGAAUUACAAGUUAAAUAUUAUGACUUUAGUAAAGCUCACGAGGAUUUUGACAACCUCGAUUACGUCACCGUCUCUGAUGUCAGUUACGUCGACAGUCCUUACGGUGCCUGGUUGGCGGCAUCUACAUCACCGACGUCAGAUACGUUUUCAACGUGGUUUAGAAGUGAUAGCGAAAAUCAAGAAGUCGAUGGCAUCAUUGUGCUUUUUGACCAGGGAGGUAACACAAAACAGUAUUACUCGGACUCUUAUUUCCCUGUGGACGGAGAGGGGUUUGGGUCGGAAAAUCAGCUGGACUGCAAUAACAAAUACCAUAACUUCGGGUUUACGGCGGCGGUGCGUGUGGGACUUGUGUAUGGCGGGUCGGAAAUAAUAACAGUCGCAGGCGGGGACGCCAUGUGGCUAUACAUUAACAAGGUCCGCAUGUUUGAGUUUGUCUCUGACGGAACCACAUCGCCGUGCUUUGUUGUCGAUCUCUCGUCCGCUGAUUUGUCAGUGGGUGAAGUAUACUUAGAGACGGGGACGUUUUCCGGGGGUGCGUGCUCCGGUCUGACGUCAUCAACCACGCCAAUUUCCCUCGCACUUGAAGUAGGCGUGACCUACCAUUUCGACUUGUUCCUCGUAGAGAGUAAGCGCUGCAGCUCGGAGCUUCUUCUGCGGACAGAGAAUGUCGUGUUCAGCCAGGACAAGACGACAGACCUGCCGGUGGACUACAUGGUGGCCGUUCCAGAGGACGAGAACAUCAGGGAGAUUCUGGCGGCGGACGUCAACCUCGUGGACAUCUUUUCCUCACCUGGGUCAUUCAGCAUUAGUCUCUACAAAGGUAACGAGGCUCGGCGGUUCUCGAUAGAGGAAAGCACGUACACGUUCACAGCACCAGCCCCAACGGUUCCCGCUUAUACCAAUGUCACAGACAUAUACGGAAAUCAUCUGCAGUAUGUCGAAUGCAACGCUGCGUCAACGCUGGUGACGAUGCCAAACGACCCGACGGCAGAAACAUUCACGAUCGGGACGACGUCAUUGUACGUUACGUUGAUAGCAGAACUUGAUCACGAGGUGGAAAACGUGUACAAACUUCUCCUGUCCGUCACAGACACCGCCUUAACUCUCACUGGGUACAUAGGAGUAAGGAUUCAGAUUGUGGACGUAAACGACAACUGCCCGAUUAUCACACCCACGGAGUUUUCGGCCACGCCCCAGCCCGUUCUCCAAGUCGCACCACUUACAACGUUCACCGUCAGCGACGCCGACAGCGGGGAAAACAGCAACAUUCACUACGUCGUCUCAAGCGUCUUCGAGGAUCAGGCCGUAAUGUGGGACGACACGUACGAUCUAUGGGGUGACGUCUACUUGCAGUACACGUCGCUGAUAUUUGACGUCAUCGCAAUGGACAACGGCACAGUGCCGUUUGGUAUGACGGCAUCGAUGAACGUCACCGUCAGCAACACGUGCGUCCUUGACGUGCUGUUUGGGAAGAUUGAGUACUGGUUUUUAGUUAAUGACACCACAGGAGAGAUGACGCUCCGAGUACCGAAGUACUGGAUGUAUGAAUUUCUUUGUUCGGACGCCCUGGGUCUGUCAACUGGAACCGUCCUUGACUUCAUGAUGUCGUCAUCGUCAGCGUUCCACGCCAUCGGCACCGGCGUCGGCAGAGCAAGGCUCAACCAGCUGGAAAACGUGUAUAGCGAGCUGGCGGGCGCCUGGGUGGCGGGUACGGUUGACGCAGACCAGUGGGUGGCGGUCGAUAUGGGCGUGCCGUAUAAGUUCACGGCUGUGCAAAUCCAGGGCCGGAGCGAUGCGGACGAGUGGGUGACGUCCUUCAGGAUCCAGUAUUACGCGAACGGCACCUGGCACACAUACAAGGACGUCAACAAUGUCGAGGUGUUCGCCGGAAACAGUGACCGGACGACAGUUGUGACUCAUGCUCUAGAUCCCGCGGUGCUUAGCAACAAAAUCCGGGUCAAUCCGGUCACGUGGAACGCCGGAAACAUCUCCAUGAGACUUGAGUUCAACGGAUGCGCACAAGCUGAGCAGCUGUUCUACGACGUGAGCUGUAUGAGGUGCGAGACAACCUACUACUGUGAGGGUGAGGGCGUGCAGAAGCCAUGUGGCCGUUGCCUUGAUAACGGGACGUGCGACAGGAAUCCUGUUGAACAUUCCUUUGGACUUACAGACACGUGUACCACGUGUCCACUCGGAUGGAUUUGCAAGGAUGGGUACGCCACCCCUUGUGACGACUUCCACUACGUGGAAUGCACGAAUACCUCGUGCCCUGCCUCGUGCACGCAUUGUGAGCCCGGGUACGCGUGUAAUGGCGGAGUCCGCUCCAUCUGUGAACCCGGCUCGUACUCGGACGGAAAUAUGGAAGAGUGCGCGCCGUGUGACUCUGGUACCUACCAGGACCAAUCCGGACAAAGCUCGUGUAUCUCUUGCUCCGAGGGCUACUACAGCGCCAAGAGGAAGUCUGAGUGUGCCAGGUGUGCCCCGGAAGAGUACAGCACCGGAAGCGAGUGCAUUGGGUGUUCGGGUCCUACUGAGUGUCCGUGUCUUAACGCCGGUGGAUCUCCCUGCUAUGACUACUUCUAUUGCUACAAUAAAGGUGGCGGAGGUUAUGGCUGCGCUCCAUGUGAAGCCGGCUUGACGGGCGACGGUACGACCUGCGUCGAUACCGACGAGUGCACGGUACACCAGCCGUGUUUCAUGGACCGAUGUAUCAAUACGGAGCCGGGCUACCAGUGUCUGGAGUGUCCACUCGGCUACACAGGCACGUUCGAGGACGCGUACGCGUGGGACGUCCAUCAGCGCGUGUUUGUGUAUCGGAACUUGGAGCGGUCAAACUUUACGAUUCAGACGUGUGACGACAUUGAUGAGUGUGCGACUGGGAAUGGUGGCUGUGACCCGCUCAUGACCUGCAUCAACACUGCCGGCAGCUACUACUGCAGUUUCUGCGCUGACGGUUAUAUGGGAACCAACAAGAGCGGGUGUUACCUCGACAACUUUUGUAUUUCCGGCGCACAUAACUGCAUAGCGGAAGCCAACUGCAUCUAUCUCGGACCUGCGCAGUACAGAUGUGUCUGUAAGCCUGGCUACGCUGGACCAGGAGACUUUUGCGGACUUGACAGCGACAAUGAUGGCUUCCCGGACACCGGUAUCCCCUGUCAGGAAUGGGGGUGUAGGAGGGACAACUGUAGAAGCAUUCCGAGCAGCAUGCAAGAGGAUACAGACGGGGACAACACGGGAGAUAACUGUGACAAAGACGACGACAACGACGGCAGAUACGAUUGGCUGGACAACUGUCAGUAUGUUUCUAACUGGGACCAGGCGGAUGCAGACGGUGACGGUUUCGGUGACGCGUGUGACGUCUGUCCCAAUGACGUCGAUCCCGACCAGCUUGAUACUGACGAAGACGGCACUGGUGAUGUGUGUGAUUCUGACGACGAUAAUGAUGGUGUGCUCGACGUAUCUGACAACUGUCCGCUUGUGGCUAAUGCGGCAAACGGUGAUGCCGACGGCGACGGCAUUGGAGACGCUUGUGACAACUGUCCCAACGUGAAUAACGCCGACCAGGCGGACACCAAUGAAAACUUUUACGGGGAUGCUUGCGAAACUGUCGGUGCUAACAAUAUUGACGAGGACGGUGACAGUAUACCAGACAGCUUUGAUAAUUGUCCUUCAUAUAUGAACGGCGACCAGUCAGAUAUUGAUGGUGAUUCCAUAGGUGAUCUGUGCGAUGACGACGCUGAUGGUGACGGUGUAAAUAAUGACGUCGACAACUGCCCGUACUUUUCAAACGCCGACCAGACUGACGUUGACGGCAAUAACGUCGGUGACGUCUGCGAGGCGGACAGUGAUGGUGACGGCGUGGAUGACAAGAACGAUACCUGCCCUUUCAACCCCGCGAUCAGCGAGACGUCGUUUAAAUCCUACUUCACGGUUAACUUUGACCCAACGUUAACGACGUCGCCGCCUAAAUGGCUGGUAAAAAAUAAUGGCGGUGAGGUGAUGCAGAAGGCGGGAGACGCCAGUAUGCCCAUGGCGCUAAUAGGUAAGCAGUCAUACGGCGGCAUCGAGUAUCAGGGUACAUGGUUCACAACGCAAACCUCGGCAGACGAGUAUUUCGGGUUUGUGUUCGGUUACCAGAGCAACCGGAAGUUCUAUGUAGCUAUGUGGAAGGCCCGUCACUACAACUACCUGGAGGAGGACGAGUCCACGUAUAAAGGCGGGCUACAGGGGGUACAGAUCAAGCGCUUCGACUCGUCCGUGGGCCCCGGUAGUCAGCUGGCAGAGGCUUUGUGGCACAGCUACGACACGGCCGGGAUUGCCACCAUGCUCUGGCAGGACCCGCAACUCCAGGAAUGGCAGCCAAACACAUCUUACCGUUGGUACCUGACACACGCGCCUACUACAGGCUAUAUCAACAUCAAGGUGUACCAGGGUACCAGUCUGCUUGUGGACUCGGGCGACUUAUACGACUCGGCGAUCACUGCAGGCCGAGUCGGGGUGCUGCAGUUCGGCGAGUUCCCUGUGACCUGGUCGAACCUGCGCGUGAACUGCCUCGGACACACGAAUCAGGCCCUCUACUUUGACGGCGUGGACGAUAAUGUGAUGCUUGAUGACGCUGUUGCACUAGGAUUGGAGUACAGUUUUACCCUGGAGGUAUGGCUCUCCCUUGACACCGGCUACACAACGGGGCCGUAUCCGGUCAUGUGUACAACGGACGCCUUCAUCUGUCUGUCCAUAGAUGCCGGGGCCGUCGUCGGUCGCUAUGGCAACUACUCCGUGUCGUCAUCGACAACGCUUAGUGCCGAUAAGUGGUACAAUGUCAUCUUCCGACACAGGAUCGAAUCUGAAGAUUUGUCGAUUUUUAUUGACAGCGUAAAACGUGGGACAUUAACGGAUGUUGUUAACUAUAACUUGACCGAAAUAUCCACCACAAGUGAUCUUACAAUGUACAUAGGAAAAGGCGGCGAUAACUUCUUUAGAGGCACUUUAGAUGAGGUCCGUAUUUAUAACGAGGGUAUUCAAGACGACGAGAUUAGCGCGCAUAUCGCCCUCGUGUCGUUGGAACGUCCAGUGAUCAAGGCAUACGGGUCACUCUAUUUCCGGAUGGAGGAUUCUGUGGACGCUGCCUCUCUCAGUAACUCCGGGCGGCUGGCACCGCAUACGGCUACCAGAGAAGGCGGGAUAUUUACUUCGAGUUACCAACAGUUUCCCCAGUUUCAAGUAGCUCACCCGAACAACAAGUAGAUGACAGGAACAAGACCAUGCGUAUCCACAAUCAUUUAUUUAUUUAUGAACUAGUGAAAGUUAAGAAAACUGCAUGUGAAUGAAACUACGUACUAGUUUGUCUACAUGUAACGAGAUUGUGUGUAUGCAUACUUAGUAAAAUGAUUGUUGAUUUUAUACCUUUUCUGGUCUACCUCCUCUAUACGUUGUAUAUAGUAUGCUUUUUUGUUUUGUUGUUUUACUUUUAAAGGUUCUAUUUAUCGUUUAAAACUCUCACAGAUUGACAGUUUUGACAUUUAACUCUCAGAAUCAGCUGAUUCUGGCACCAAUGUCAUCAAUUCGGUCUUAUAAGAUAACUCACAAAAGUACAGUUCUCAAUUGAUCGAAAAACGGCCCAAAACAAGUUUCUUAAAGCGAUAGUAACGCUUUUUCCCAUUAAACAUCAGUGUACGUUAGUACAUAUUUAAAACAAAAUGCGAUCUUAUCUUACGGAGCCUUCUUAUAUCAUUGAUUUCCACUUUCCAGACAUUUACGCAAAGAUUGGCUCAGACAAAAAAGACCCCCAAUAUGUCAAAACGGCCAAAAUGUGAGAGUACAUGUUUAAAGCUGUAUUUGUUUUGUUUUUUUAACCACAUAUUUAAUCUAAAAUGACGUUAAGAUGUUCAUUUUUCUAACCAAAUAGUUUAUAUUUCAAAGUAACCGUUGGAUUAAAUGUCAACAUGCAUGAUCAGCUAAAUAGAUAUAAUAAUAUGUCUCUUAGAUUAACAAUUACUGUCUUAUGUUUCUUCAAAUAAUAAUAAAUUAGGAACUGCCUUCAACGAGUUCUCCAUGGAGAGAAUUAAAAACACUCGCAUUAUGUAACUUUUUGAACGAUUUUUAUUCUUCAAUCGUCUUUAAGAGUUUACUAAUGCUUAGAUAGCUUAAAUAAAGCGUUUGAAUCCUUG